UCAUCUCCCAAUAGUUCAGAUGGCUUAUCCACUUCUCCACACUCACCCUUGCCUCCAGAUGAUCUUACCUAUCCAUCACCUAGGCGAAAUGGUGUUGAUGAUUCACAAGCUCUUUAUUCUCCCAGCUUAGAUCCUAUUGAUCCCGAGCUUCACUCUUCUGCUGAAUCUCCUUCUAGCUUGCAUUCUGAUGAGCAGCUUAUCUCUGACGCUCCAGCGGAGCUCUCAAAUGAACUCUGCCAAAUUGCCUUGGAUAACCCUUCUAAUGGUUUACUCGACUCCUAUCUCGACGAGGAAGCAUCUCUCGGAUUUCAGGAGGACUUUGUAUCUAAGUAA